GCGUGGAUCAGCCCUUGUCCUCCCCCUUCCUUUCCAAGAGUUCUUAAACCACUCAGAAGGUUACGAGAAUAAUGGUAGUCGAUACCGAAAAGAUCUGCGGCUUUGCUUCGCUGAAUAUGUUGCCACAGAUGUGCUUCAGCUUCGAUAAGCUUCUGCCCAGAAGAAGGAAGGAUGCUCGCAGGACCGUGGCAACCAAGAUGAGCGGCGGAGAUCUGCGAUAUCCGUCCGUUAUCUACACUGGGAAGCCAGACUCGAACACAAUAAGAUUCCCUGUCCGGUCCGAGCGAGGAGACAGGUCACACACCGAUCGCCGUCUCAUUAGUCCGCAUUCUCGAGAUUAAUUAAUUUAGUAAUCAUGUUAACUUAGACUUAGUUCACUAUCAUAGUAUCAUCAACCCGAGGCCCCUGAUAUCGCCAUGUAGCACACCGUGAGAGCGGGUCACGGUGCAUGUCGGCCGUCGCUGGCAGAUCAGAUCGUGGACCAGGUGGUCUUCCUGGAGCGCAACCAUUCCACGGUCCUGAUCGCGGGACCAUGCCACCAUGGAUGGCCAAAGACCGCCCCACGUGAUCGCACACCCACCCCAUCCCCAUCCCACUGUAGUAAAGUAUUUAAUACGUUGCGCGACAGAUAAAGGACGACAUACACGCGUACAGCAGGCUUUCCUUUUCUUCUUUGUUUUAUUCUCGAACUUUACCGUUGGUGGGAAUAAAUGAGCAUUGACCACCAUCUCUCUUGCAGUGAUUGUCUUGGCUCCUGAGAGCUGAGGAUCUCCACUAACUUAAUAAUAGCUAUACAGGAGUGGAGAGAUCGGAGAGAGGAAGAAGGAAAUGGUGAACAAGGUGACCCAUAUCUCUGACUUGAUCCACCGAGUCGCCUCUUCUUGUCUCACUCAUCAUCUCCCGGGAGUCCAUGGACUAGAAAGCGGGAACGAUGUCGAUGGGGAAAUAGAAGAGGAGGAGGACGCUGUGGAGAAGGAAGAAGAAGAGGUGGAGGGAGAGGAGAAUGAGCUCAAGAUCUGGGAGGAAGAGAAAGGAGGACCAACUGGUGGAGUUUCGGAGAGGGUGAGGAAGAUGGAGAGCGUGAUGGGCGAGGUGUUCGACUCCGUUUCGGCGGUGAAGAGGGCCUAUGUCUGCCUCCAGGACGCCCACCGCCCGUGGGAUAUGGACAAGAUGAGGGUAGCCGACGCAGCGGUGGUGGCGGAGCUGAGGCGUCUCGGGAAGCUCCGGGAUCGGUUUCGAAAGAACGGUUUUGGUGCGUCCGCCGCCGCCGUGGCACCGCUGAGGGAGGUGGUGGCGCCGUACGAGGCGGCGUUAGAAGAUCUAAAAAAGGACCUGAAGGCAAAGGAGGCCGAGGUAGAGAGUCUCCAAGAGAAGCUCCGGAGCACCACCCUCCGUGGUUCUGGCAGGAAGAGCCGGCUUCCUUCCAGCAAGAAGGUCGCAUGCACCAGUAUUUUAGGGGCACCCGGGAUGCCGACUCCGGAGCUGUUCGAGACGUACAUGGAGCAAGUGAAGUCGGCGUCCAAGUCCUUCACCGGCCACCUCCUCUCGCUGAUGCGCUCCGCCCACUGGGAUAUCGCCGCAGCCGUCCGGUCCAUCAUUGAGGGUGGCGGCGACGGUGCAACCGACCACAAUCCCCGCCACGCGAAGCACGCGGUGGAGUCGUACGUGAACCGGAAAGUAUUUCACGGGUUCGAGAACGAGACCUUCUACAUCGAGGGGUCCCUCACGUCACUGCUACGGCCGGCCGAUUUCCGGCGCGACUGCUUCUCCCAGUUCAAAGACAUGAGGGGGAUGGAACCGGCAGAGCUGCUGGGCGUGCUCCCAACGUGCCAGUUCGGCCGGUUCGCAGCCAAGAAGUAUCUGGCCGUCGUGCACGCGAAGAUGGAGGAGUCGCUGUUAGGGGGCGUGGAGCAGCGGCGGCAGGUGAUGGGCGGGACCCACCCGAGGACGGGGUUCUACGGAGAGUUUCUGAGGCUGGCCAAGGCGGUGUGGCUGCUACACCUGCUGGCCUUCGCGCUGGUGCCGGCGCCCAGCCACUUCGAGGCAAGCAAGGGUGCGGACUUCCAACCGGCUUACAUGGAAAGCGUGGUCCGGUUCGCCGGCGGCCGGGUCCCACCUGGCUUGGUGGUGGGGUUCUCGGUCAGCCCCGGAUUCAAGCUCGCCAAUGGGUCCGUGAUCCGGGCAAGGGUCUACGUCGUCCCGAGAGCCCACGGGUUGUGAAACUGUGAGUGGGGGUAAUUGCUGCCUAAAGACCUGCUGAGUUUGGCUGCUAGCCUAGUACGAGGUCUCUGCUGCUUCAUUGUUUAUUUUAUCAUAAUUUUGGGAUAAGAUGUCAUAUACUUUCUAGUCCUUCGAGUGUGGUAUUUUGGUGUGCGAGUAAACUUAGUAGCAAUUGUGCUGCCUCGCGUGUGAACUUGCGGCGCUAUAGCGUGGUGUAUUCAUGCAAACCAAGCAUUUUCA